AUGGCACGGCUGACGCGGAGCUCCAGGGACCUGGGGCGGGGCUGGAGGCUGGGAUUCCCACUUGGGGGCCGCGCCGGGGACCUGGGACCAGGACUGUCGUUUGCAGGCUCCUCACCUGGAGACCGCGCCUGCCCAGUGUGUCCUUGGGGCCAGGAGCCUGCGUUUCUCGACCUGCCGGAGGCGAUCCGUACUAGCCCCUUCACCAAGGUGGAAGAGAGCUUCAGCCUGCAGGCCACGCAUGACCUGCUCUACCACCGGCUGGACCUGGACAAGUAUGACCAUCACGAGUUCCCUGGCGUCGUCCCCAGGACUUUCCUUGGGCCCCUCUUCCUCGCCACUGUCUCCAGCCCCGUGGUUUACCUGCUUUCACUGCUGGAGGUGCCCAAGUUUUACUCUCAGCUCGUAGUGAGGGGGGCCCUUGGACUCAGUGUCAUUGCUGCCCUCUGGCUGCUGCAGCGGGAAGUGCGGAGGCAGUUUGGGACCACCGUGGCCACCCUGUUCUGCUGGGUGACGGCCACACAAUUCCACCUGAUGUUCUACUGUACGCGGACGCUGCCCAACGUGCUGGCCCUGCCCGUGGCCCUGGCAGCGAUCACGGCCUGGCUGCAGCGGCGUUGGGCCUGCUUCCUGUGGCUCUCGGCACUGGCGGCCAUCGUCUUCCGGGCUGAGCUGGGCCUGCUCUUGGGCCUCAAGCUGCUGCUGCUGCUCCUGGGCAGGAAGGUGCCCCUGAAGCGGGCUCUGCGCCAUGCCAUCCCGGCAGGAGCCAUCUGUCUGGGAUUGACAGUUGCUGUGGAUUCGUAUUUUUGGCGGUAUCCUGUGUGGCCAGAGGGAAAAGUCCUUUGGUACAACACCGUUCUGAACAAGAGCUCCCACUGGGGUACCGCCCCCUUCCUGUGGUACCUGUACUCGGCACUGCCCCGCGCCCUGGGCAGCAGCGUGCUGUGGGUGCCACUGGGUGCGAGGGACCGGCGGGCCCGUGGACUGCUACUGCCGGCCCUGGGCUUCGUGCUGCUCUACUCACUGCUGCCGCACAAGGAACUGCGCUUUGUCAUCUACACGCUGCCCGUGUUCAACAUCGUGGCUGCGCGUGGCUGCGCCUACCUGCUAAACAACUACAGGAAGUCCUGGCUGCACAAAGCAGGCUCGCUCCUGGUGAUGGCACACCUCGUUGUGAACGCAACCUACACGGCCACCUGCCUGUACGUGUCCCAUUUCAACUACCCAGGCGGUGUCGCAAUGCGGCAGCUCCACACGCUGGUGCCUUCCCACACAGGUGUCAACGUGCAUAUUGAUGUGGCUGCUGCACAAACAGGUGUUUCUCGGUUCUUGGAGGUCAACCCCGACUGGAGGUAUGACAAACGGGAGGACCUGCAGCCUGGGGCGGCAGGCAUGCUGGCCUACACACACCUGCUCCUGGAGGCGGUACCCACGUCCCUGGCCCUGUACCAGGACUCACACCGGGUGCUGGCCCACGUGGCAGGCACCAGCGGCGUGCAUCUGAACCUCACCCGGCUGCCUCCCUUUGACGUUGAUCUGCAGCCGAGACUGGUGCUCCUGGAGCGGGUGCGCAGGCUGUCCUGA